AUGCCUCAGGCUCUUCAACAACCCCUCAAUUCCACGCAGUUGGAUCCAAUUCGACAGGAAACCUGCCCUAGCCCAAAUGAAGAGUUGGUUUCCACCCUGAACGGGCCAUUGAGAUGCUGCAAUAAGUGUCCACCGGGCGAGGGCAUGCUUCAGCUCUGCACUAAUCAAACACAGACUGUCUGCAGACCCUGUCAAGAGGGCUCCGAGUUCUCCUUGGAGGCCUCCGCGACAGCCAAAUGUAUGCAGUGCAAGCAGUGUCAGGAGUUGCAUCCCUUUGCCAAGGUUCGCAAACACUGCACACCCACAUCGGACGCCGUCUGUGAGUGUGUUUCAGGCUACUUCUUCAUUGAAGCCCAUUCCACCUGCCAGAGUUGUACUAAAUGUCCUCCUGGCCAAGGCGCUGAGAAGCCCUGUGAAUGGAACAAGAACAGCGUGUGCAAGCCUUGUGCUGAGGGCACCUGGUCGUCGACGGACUCUGCAACGGACAGGUGCCAGACCUGUAGGAAAUGCAAACCCGGACAAAUCGAAAUGCGACCUUGUACUGCCACUCAGAAUACUCUCUGCUGUCCUCUGCACAACCCCAACUGCCAAGACACAUUUGAAGAGGAAGAAUUUGAUGGUAUGUUCAAAUUGGUCUCUUGCUAUACAUUAUUUGGUUUUACAUCAGUUUCAAUAAAAAAACUUUUGCGAUCGUUCCUUUUUGUUAUUCUUGAUAUCGAACCCAUUCAUCAUAACCUUUGGCCAUGA